GUUGCUGCAGAGAGUAGUAAAUGCGUCUGAUACCCAAUCACCAGUUUACAGACUCGCAGGCUGGUGAUAUCCAUAUGCCAACAGAGAGGGUAGGCGGUAUUGGUGAUAGUAGGCCACCUUCUUUCCAUGCAAAUCCAUCGUUAGGUAGUAGAGAUGAUCACUGCGACACAUGUACAGAAACAGACUCUGUCAUCAGCUCGAGAAGAGAUGGUCGACAUAGAAGUUCUCGUCACUCGUCACAUAAACUCUGCAACCACAGUUGUUGCAGGGAUAGUUCUAGUCUUGCGCACCCUCAGCGAUUAAAUGGUCACACAAAACUUGACCUUCGCCACAGAGACCGUAGAGGUCAUGGUCACUCGUACGAGUCAUCAACGAUGCUCAGCAGUGACCUUGAAACAACAAGUUUCUUUGAUUCAGAAGAUGACACAAUGAGCAGGUUCUCAACUGUCACAGACACAACUACUAGAUCUUCAACAAAAUAUGGUCGCCAUCGGAAACGACGACGGAAGCAUAGGUUGCCACCCAUUAGUCGCGCAUCAUCAUUUUCCAGUAUAACAGAUUCUACCAUGUCUCUUAACAUUAAAACCCAUUUCCCCUUUAAAAAUAUGGACACGGUGAAUUUUCUCGGAAUCAGUAUUGUAGGUCAAAGUAACAAAGGAGGAGAUGGAGGGAUCUAUGUGGGGUCAAUUAUGAAAGGUGGUGCUGUAGCCCAGGAUGGAAGAGUAGAACCAGGAGAUAUGAUAUUGGAGGUGAAUGGUGUUAGUUUUGAAAAUAUGAGUAACGAUGAUGCUGUACGAACACUCAGAGAAGCUGUUCAAAAACCUGGGCCCAUAACUUUAGUAGUUGCCAAAUGCUGGGACCCAAAUCCAAAAGGUUAUUUUACUGUGCCCCGCCAGGAGCCAGUACGACCUAUAGAUCCAUCAGCAUGGGUCGCUCACACAACGGCAUUAAAACAAGAGUACCUAAGUCGCGGUGUACCUAGUCCCUCAUUGAGUAAUAUGACAUCAACUAGUUCAUCAAUAUCCAGUUCAAUACCAGAAUCUGAACGAUUUGAUGAUUUAAAUUUGACCAUUAACACUGACAUGGCUACAGUGGUAAAGGCUAUGGCGUCACCAGAUUCUGGUUUAGAGAUUAGAGAUAGGAUGUGGCUCAAAAUAACUAUACCAAAUGCAUUCAUAGGUAACAUAUCUAUUACUUGGUUGUUUACACAUGUGGAAGGUUUUGCAGAUAGGAGGGACGCUCGAAAAUAUGCGUGUAAUUUAUUAAAAGCUGGUUUUAUUCGACACACUGUGAAUAAAAUUACAUUUUCGGAACAGUGCUAUUAUGUGUUUGGUGAUUUAAGCGGAGAUUUCUCCACACUCAGUUUGGAAGAUGUUGAUUCUGUGUCAGAGGCAGAUCGGGAUACCCUGGCACCCCUCCCUCCUCCACAAUGGAACAAUCAGUACCCAUAUAGUAGUUCUAACUACCUGCCACAGAACUUGAGUUAUGCACCACCUUACAGUUACACAAGCACGGACUCACAGAGUUUUGUUGGUAGUUUUGUGGACGGUGCUGAUAGCCGCGUUGGCGGUUUUCCUGGUGGCGGCGGAAGCAUCGCCGGUGGCAACAAUAGUGCUGGGUCCGUGCACAGCGGGUCUGGAGCAUCAAAAAAUGACUGUGCAUGUUUAGUUACAACCUAUAACAAAUUAAGUCGCCUCUGGGAUAACAAAGACAAACAGGAGUAUGAAAAACAACAACAACAACUUCUACUGCAGCAACAACAACAACAAUCGAAUCAAAACAAACAUUCAGACAGUUCUGUACCUUAUAACCCUUACCCAAUGAAUAGUUUUGUUAGUUCACAUAACUCCUCCGCCAACAAUACGUAUGCUCAGCUAGGAAUGAAUUCGUACCCCACCCACCCUCCUAUGCAUUUCGUAAAGGAUACAAGAGAUACAUCAAGCUGCUCUGGUAGCAGUGCAUCGGGUAGUAGUCGAAGAGAAAAAGACAAGAAAAAGUCAUCUAGUCCAGCAGGAAGUGGUGGGAGUGACACAGAAACGGUCGCUAGUUCUCGCAUUGAUCCUAGCGAGACGGGAGGGCAACGUCCGACUUUGGGCGUGCCACAGGACGUUAGUGCAAGCAGACAGUCAUUCAGAAUGGCUAUGGGAAACCCAUGUAACUACCUGAUUGCGGAUAUAUGAUAUUCUACGUUACUUUAUUGCUGUUGUGUUGUGGAUGUGUCACAUACGUUAUGUAUGUUUCUUUGGAACGAAUUCUAUGACGAACACUGCCACAAUGCCUUC